AUUUUAUUUAUAAUGAAAGGUUUCCAUAUGCUUAAAUACACUUUACCAGGUGAGUAACCAAUAAGUUUAAUAUUAUCAGAAAAAGAUAGAGGAAAAUUAUAUCUUGGGAAUUUAGAUUGUCUGCAUAAUUAAUAAAUUUUAGAAAUUAAUAACGUAAAUUGUGUAUUGUCAAUAUGUACUGAAGAAAGUAAUAAGUAUUAAUAGUUAGAAAUCAUGGUUGGUCCAAAGUAUAAAUAAAUGUAUUUGGAAAUUCAUGACAAUAUGAAUUCUCAAAUAAGUAGUGUUUUUGAAAGAUCUUUCAUAUUUAUUGAAAAUGCUUUAAAAUCUUAAUAAAAUGUUCUAGUUCAUUGUGCAGCAGGGAUCUCAAGAUCAGCAACUUUAGUAUUGGCUUACCUUAUGAAAAGUUUUCAAUAUACUUUAGAACAAGCUCUAAGAUAUCUAAAAUAAAAGAGACCAUAUGUUCGACCAAAUCCAGGAUUCCUACUUUAGUUAUUAGAUUAUGAAACGUAAUUCAAUUAAUGAGUUUAGAAUGCUUCAUGGAUAUAUUUCAAGUAAAUUAGGACCAGAACUAACACCUUUUGAUAUUUAGAGAGAUCCUCAAUAUAAACCAUAACCUAAAGUAGAAUUAAGGAAAAGUCUACCUUUGAAAUAAAUUCCUGGUCCAUCUCCAGUGAGAAGAGUAGAAAGGAAAACACAUACAGAAAUAUUAACAAGAGUUUCUUAAUCAAUAUCUACAUUCUAGCCAAAAGCCUUUAAAUCAUGA